ACAGCUUGAUUUCUGCUCCCGGUCUCUUUCUUUCACGCGCCCCUACUUGAGAUAAAUCACCUUGUCUUUAAACCGGCUCUUAACCGAUCCUUGGAAGCACUGCAAAGAUGCCCAGGGAAGACAGGGCCACGUGGAAGUCCAACUACUUCUUAAAAAUCAUUCAACUGCUGAAUGACUACCCAAAAUGCUUCAUCGUGGGCGCAGACAACGUCGGCUCCAAGCAGAUGCAGACCAUUCGUCUGUCCCUGCGGGGCAAGGCAGUCGUGCUUAUGGGCAAGAACACCAUGAUGCGCAAGGCUAUCCGUGGCCACCUGGAGAACAACCCUGCUCUGGAGAAGCUGCUUCCUCAUAUCCGAGGAAAUGUGGGCUUUGUCUUCACCAAGGAAGACCUGGCUGAGGUCAGGGACCUGCUGUUGGCUAAUAAGGUGCCAGCUGCUGCCCGUGCUGGUGCAAUUGCUCCCUGUGAGGUGACUGUGCCUGCUCAGAACACUGGGUUGGGUCCUGAGAAGACCUCCUUCUUCCAGGCUUUGGGUAUCACCACCAAAAUCUCCAGAGGAACCAUUGAAAUUCUGAGUGAUGUGCAACUGAUCAGGCCUGGAGAUAAGGUGGGAGCCAGCGAGGCCACACUGCUUAACAUGCUGAACAUCUCGCCCUUUUCCUACGGGUUGAUCAUCCAGCAGGUCUAUGACAACGGCAGCGUCUACAGCCCUGAGGUGCUGGACAUCACUGAAGAUGCCCUGCACAAGAGGUUCCUGGAGGGUGUGAGGAACAUCGCCAGUGUGUGUCUGCAGAUUGGCUACCCAACUCUUGCUUCUAUCCCUCAUUCUGUCAUCAAUGGAUACAAGAGGGUUCUGGCUGUUGCUGUGGAGACGGACUACUCCUUCCCUCUGGCUGAUAAGGUGAAGGCCUUCCUGGCUGAUCCCUCUGCCUUUGCUGUGGCCGCAGCUCCAGCUGCUGCAGCUGCCGCUGCUCCUGCUGCUGCACCUGCUGCUGCUGCAGAACCAGCCAAGGAGGAAUCUGAGGAGUCUGAUGAGGACAUGGGCUUUGGCCUGUUUGACUAAGAAAAAAAAGCAGUGAUUCUCAUAAACCUGCUUGACUCGAAGAUCAAUAAAAGAAUUUGAAACUGA